UGUGUGUGUGUUUAUCUCACUUUUUUUUUGCGACUGAUAACACGACGCAAUUAGGUGUCGCCUGGGAAAAUCUGGGAAGGAAACUGCACCACAGACAUUAAACCGAAUGGAAAACAGCUUAUGAUGAGUGGCAAUAUACACGGCCUCAGUUGGUUUCCCAACUUUCACGACAAGUUCGUCUCGUGGGGCCAGGAAAUCAAUUUGUACGAGUUGCGCAGCAAGGAUGAUGCCCCACAGAAAAGUCGCCUGCCUUAUAUAUCGGUUAACUAUCUGGCCAACGAGUCGCGGUACCAGUAUGCCCGAUGUGUGGCUGCGUCCUACCACAGCCAUCAGCCCAUCAUAGCCGUGGGCUUGGCGGAUGGCAAGAUUGGGAUAUGUAACUUUCGGGACACCUACGACAGCAGCUGGGAGUACACGCCGCGACAGCAGCGGAUGUGCACUUGCUUAGCCUGGAGCGAGAUGGAUGCCAAUAUACUGGCCGUAGGCCACGAUCGCCAUCGUUCCGACUCGUGCAUAACGAUUUGGGACACUGAACGGGGUGUGCCCAAGGAGACGGCAAACUUUUUUGGCCAGGCCGAGUCCGCCAAUUCUCUUUGCUGGGAUCGCAAUCAUCGAAUGCUCAUAGCAGGCAUGAGCCAGAAGAUUAUCAAGCUGUUCGAUCUGAGGCAGAACAAUGCCUCCUGCCAGAGCAUCCCCACAAAGACUGUCCAAGGGCUUUCGGUGGCCCCCAAUGGCAAUGAUCUCUGCAGCUAUGUAGACUCCAUCAUUAUGCUGUGGGAUGUGCGCUCCAUUAAGCAGCCACUACGUCAAAUACAAUCCUCCAGGAAUCAUCUACAGAUUGCCUGGUGUCCCACCAGGAACAGCCUGCUGUCGUCCCUGCAGCGUGACUCGUCCUACAUCACGCUCUAUGACAUUCGCAGUGUGGAGAACGAGAACUCCAGAGAGAUCUAUCAUGUGAAGCGACAGAUCAGUCCGUUUCCUUCCAAAUAUCAUCAUAGUGGAAAGUUUGCGUUCGUUAAUUGCCUUUCCUGGCACUCCCGUGACUUUGAGCGGGCCCUGCUGCUGGCGGAUGCUGUGAACAUCCUUGAUUUUCGACUGCCUGUCACACUACAUACAGCGCAUAGUAAUCGGAGGAAGCUGCCGCUGCUCAUGCAGAGGCCUCUCUACGCUCCCGCUUCGCCCACAUCCAGCACGGCCACGGCCACGCCCACACAGCAGCCGACGAGCAGCUGUAGCCUGAACAGUGGCAGUUCCCUGGAUUACAAUGGUCCCGGGUCGCAUUCCGCAUUGAAUGUGGACUUCCUGGUGCCGGAACUCUUUGAACUGGAUCUGGUGGACGAGACUCGGCAGCGUGCCCUCGACGAUUAUGGAAUCAAGCCGGAUAACAAGAGAUUUGCCGAGCUCCAUCUGACGCCAUAUCUGAGGAACGUUUGGUCCACGCUGAACAAUGUCUAUUGCGAUGAUCAGUUGUCCGGUUUGAAGUCCGCUUUGGGCAUCAAUUUGGGUCACACGUCGGAGGCCUUGAUGGCCAGCUCUCGCAUCGAAUCUCAGCUGCUGCAGUGGCCAGAUGGCAUCAAUAAUUCCAAUAAGCUCGUGUGCUACAAGAGCGAACAGCGUGAUCAUGCUUUGCAGCUCUGUGGCUGGGCGUUUGAACUGGGCGAACUGGAGCGUUUUAUCGACCAGCUAUAUGCCAGCAAGGAGUACAGCCGUGCGGCCAUGAUCUGUGUGUUCCAUUUAAAGAUAAUGCAUGCCUGCAAUAUCCUGUCCUCUGCGGCGGACAACAUGAGGGACCCCAGCAUGUACAGGAUCACGGUGAUUGCGCUGUCUAGCUUCAAUGCGGAUCGCUGUAGUUCUACGUCGCGCAAUCAACGCUCCAGUGCAAAUAUGCAGAUACAGGAUCCACAUCUAAGGGCAAUUUUCUCGUUCCUCACGAUGGAAAAGGACAACUUUGAGGCUGUGCUCAAAGAAGAAGGCGUCUCGCUGUCCGAUCGUAUGGCAUUUGCAUGCAAAUAUCUGUCGGAGACCAAGCUGACGGACUAUGUGAAGCAACAGAUACAGUCGGCCAUCGAAUGCGGGGAUCUCAAUGGACUGCUGCUCACCGGAGAGUCGCUCGAUGGCAUAAACAUACUGCAGUCGUAUAUGGAUACCAGUUUUGAUGUACAGACUGUGGCCCUGGUGGCCAUCAAUUACUUCCGACAGGAGCUUUUCUCGGACAAACGCAUACAGUACUGGAUCUCAAGCUAUUUGGACUACCUCAACAGCUGGGGUCUGUGGGAGAAACGUGCCGAGCUUGACAUCAAAAUUGAGGGCAUACGCGCGUCGGCGCGCAGCUCGCGAACCGUUUAUCUGUCGUGCAACUUCUGUGGCAAGCCCGUGUCGAAUGCCCUGCUGGACGAGCCACGUCCGCGGAGCACCACGACCAGCACAAAUCGCCUGUCGUCCUGCCCCAGCUGCCGCAAGCCCCUGCCACGCUGCUCGCUCUGUCUGAUGCACAUGGGAACGAUGAUUAACAUGAGCAAUGGCGAGACGCUCAGCACCACGCCCGAGGUGCAGGGCUGGCAAACGAAGCCAUUUUCGAAGUGGUUCUCUUGGUGCCAGACGUGUCGCCAUGGCGGACACACCGAGCACAUAAUGCAGUGGUUCAAACAAAACUCUGAAUGUCCCGUCUCUUGCUGUAAUUGUCGGUGCUUUGAUAUGGAUGGCAGCAAGCCAAAUACGCUAAGAGACAUUUCCUAGCUGUUCAGGAGCAACAGCCAGAGCCACUACACACGCCCAUGCCAUAAUGCCUUAAGUUGUUGUUUUUUCUUCCAAAUGUGUGCGCGCACGCCUUAAAACUCAGAAAGUGUUCAUUGUACUUAGACAAAAAGGGAUGUCUACCCGUAUAGUUAGUGAUUACGACCUAACAGCUUUUAGCUGCUCAAAAUGCAUUUUAUACUUACAUUCAAAUAAAUGACAAUAUAGAAAAAA